AUGGCAGAGUCGCAGAUAUCUACGGAAACGUCCAUACCCACAACAACAUUGCCCGCAGCAGAAGUCGUGAACAAAAUGACCUCUCCGGAACCCCCCACAACCGCUAUCCCUCAGACCAACGGCAUCCUCAGUAACGGUGUUGCCUCUGAACAUACACCCACACCCACGCCUGCAGAAACGAAACAAGCAUCGACCACAAUCGCACCGUCGGAACCUACAUUACCGGCUUACGCAGCUGCGAUUUCAGAAGCUGCAGAUCAAGAUGACACACCUCUCUUCUCUCCCACACUCAUCAGCGAUGAGACCAAGGCCACCUUGCCCACGGGCUAUACCAUCCGGCCGUUGAGAAGGAGUGAUUACUUUGGAGGCUACCUUCCAACACUGAGGGUGCUCACGACCGUCGGCGAACCCACACAAGCAGAAUUCGAUGCCCGAUACGACUUCAUCUCUUCUCGCAACGACACGUACUACAUCCUGGUGAUCUGCGACGAGUCCGGGACCGUGGUGGGCACGGGCGCCGUCAUCGUCGAGCGCAAGUUCAUCCACAACAUGGGACUGGUCGGACACAUCGAGGAUAUUGCCGUUGCAAAGAAUCAACAGGGCAAGAAACUUGGGCUGCGCAUCAUCCAGGCUCUCGACUCUGUUGCAGAGAAGGUCGGCUGUUAUAAGAGCAUUCUCGACUGCAGCGAGGCCAAUGAAGGUUUCUACGUCAAGUGCGGGUUCAAGAGGGCCGGGUUGGAGAUGGCACACUAUUAUGAUACCACGCCCAAGAUAUGA